GUCAUCCACGCGCGCCUCUGAGGCAAGAUGGCGGCGUUUCCCUCAGCCCUCGCGAGGGUCGGGCUGAGGAAGGAGCUGCUGGUCCUGCGAGGGGGCGGGCGGCCAAGGCGGCCCUGGGAGGCGGCCUUUAUGAGACAUGUCUCAGGUGAGCCCAAAUCUGCAGACCUGAAGUACCCAGGAAUUGUUGAAUCUACUGAAGAAUAUAAAUUUGUGGAGAGGCUGAUACCACCUACCAAAGUACCUGUACCUCCAAAACACGACCAAUAUCCUACACCUUCUGGAUGGAGGCCACCACAAGAUACACCUCCUGAUCUUCCCUACUUUGUACGGCGGUCGCGCAUGCACAAUGUACCUGUGUACAAAGAUUCUAGUCACCAUGGGUCCAGGAAGAUGACUAUUAUCAGGAAAAUUGAAGGUGAUAUCUGGGCCCUAGAGAAUGACGUGAAGACCUUCAUUACAGAAUUGUCCGGACGAACACCAGCAACCCAAGUCAAUGAAAUUGCCUGUAGCAUCCACGUCAAGGGCUAUUUUGACCAAGAAUUAAAGACAUGGUUGAUAGACAAGGGCUUUUAAACAAAGGAUAGAAGAUGAGUGGCAAAAUCUGUCCCUUUGUGAAGACUCACUUUGGAACCUUGUUCUUACCCAAGUUUAAAUGCCGCCGUUCUGGCUUAGUCCAGUUGUGCCCUUCCUAGUAAAAAUUACUUACUAAAUGCAAGUUAUACAUGCUUGAAAGAGUGGGUAUUAUGGACACUCCCAUCUCCCUCGAGAGGGGUAAAUAAAAUAUUUGAUAAAGUGCCA